CUAAAGGCUAAAGGAAACAUGGGUGAAAGUACAAGAAAGUGUAAAACUCGUAGAAAUUCGGGGAAUUCAUCCGAAAACAAAGACAUAAUCAGCAGUUUACCUGAUGAAAUAUUAGGUCGAAUUCUAUCUUAUCUUCCUACUAAAUAUGCUGUUGCUACUACUGCUCUUUCAUCUAGAUGGAAGAACAUUUACAAAUUGAUUAGUGUUCUUGAUUUUGAUGAUUCGGUUUCUUUAAAUUCUCGAGAUGAUUUGGGAAAUGAAAGAAGUGAUAAUGCUAAGUUUAAGGAGUUUGUGAAACAGAUUUUGUCACAAUUUGAGAGGUCACACAUUAGUAAGUUUCGGCUUAAAUGUGGGAAGAAUAUCGAGUAUUAUUUGUUAUAUGAAUGGAUCAUUGCCGCCUUUUGUCACGAGGUUGAUGAAUUCGAGUUAUCAAUUGAUAUGCCAAUACCUUGUGUGCUACAACUUCCUCAGUUGUUCUGUGAGAAUUUGGUGGUGUUGAAAUUGGAUGGUAAAUUUAUACUGCGCGUCUCAACAUCAGUAACAUUCCCUAGACUCAGAGUACUCUUCUUUAAAGAGGUUACAUUUCAUGGAUAUAGCUCGAUUCGUUUCAGUGCAUACUAUGAGUCUAGUCUGAACUACCAUGACUUAAAUGGGAUGUUGGCGCGUUGUCCAUUGCUUGAAGAAUUGGUGAUAGAUGGGUGUGAUUGGAAUGGUUUAGAUCUCUACUUCACUAAUCCCUUGCUUAAAAGAUUGACACUAAUUGAUGGUUUGAGUGGACCUAUUGAUCAGCUUAAUGGCUCUAUAGUUCACAUUGACUUGCCAAAAUUGGUUUACUUUAAGUACUCUCAAUGCCUAGCUGAACGAUAUAGUAUCAGGAAUCUAAAUUCUGUUAUGGAGGCUCAUCUAGUCGUGUGUUUUAACGAUGAUGACUACGAUGAUGAACAAGAUCUUUGCAAUGCUAUUCUUGAUCUUAUCACCGGGAUUUGUAGUUGUCAGUCCUUGUACUUGUCUUCGCAAUGCUUAGAGGCUCUUACAAGUGGUGAUUUCGAACUGCCUAUCUUUCGCAAUAUGACUCUGUUAGACCUCACCCUUGGCCAAGAUGUCAGUUGGAGUGAGGUGCUAUUAGACUUUCUAUAUAGCUCGCCAUGUUUGGAAUCUCUUACCUUGGCACAGGACCCUAGUCUAAUUGAUGGAAAAUUCUUGCUCAAAGCUAAAGCAGUGCCUUCUUGUGUUAAAUCCCGACUGAAGUUCAUUAACAUCAAUGAUUUUAGAGGGUAUAAAGAAGAGAUACGAAUGGUGAAGUAUUUUCUUGAUAAUGCUCAUGGUUUGAAGGAAAUGGUGAUAUGCUGGGAUCGGCGAUCAAGGAAAGGAGACUUAAUUUACAAAGCAAAGGAAAUAUUAGAGCUGCCGAAGUCCUCAAAAUCCUGCUCAAUUGCAUUUGAAUGAUGCAUACUUAAUGUUGAAAUCGAGACAACACUAGAUGAGGUACUUGGAUUUUGAGUCUGUAUGUCAUUAUUUUGCUACUUUUUGUUUGCUCUAAUUUGAUUUGUGUAAGUGGUUGCAAUGUUUUGCCAUGAAAUCUGUGAAUUAACAUUGUAACAACUUACCAUAAUCUUGUGAGCUUAGACUUAUCUGCUAUUCCUCCCUUUUGGCUAGUUAUUCAUCCGAUGCAUAUGCUGUAUUGAUCUUGGGGGCUGAUAGUCGCAAGUAUUGGUACCAUGUUUUGAUGUAUACUGCACUAGAGUUGGAUUUUCUCGAAUUUUGUUAGUAUUGGUACCAUAUUUUGAUGUAUACAACAUUUCAAUG